AUGGCCCAGAGGCAACCAGCUGCCCUGGGAGACUGGACACCAGCAGACCCGUGCCCCGGGGCGCCCGCUGACCAGUGCCCGGGGGUGCCGGCCACGCCCGCUGAGGGCCCUCCGGCCGUCGCGCCGGCUGACCGGCCCGCACCGGCCCCCGCCGGCGAGCCUCCGGCCGUCGCGCCGGCCGACCGGCCCGGACCGGACCCCGGCGGCGAGCCUCCGGCCGUCGGGCCGGCCGACCGGCCCCCCGCCGGCGCCGGCCAGCCUCGGAGCCCGUCGGCCGAGCAGGCACGGCUGCCGGGCUCGCCCCGCGGCCCCGGCGGCGAGCCGGCCCACGACGUAGUCUCGCUGGCCGACACGGCCUCCCUCUAUGGCCAGGUGGACUCGGUCUCCAUGUACGGCACGGCCGAGUCCCUGCUGCAGGAGGACGGCAGCUCGCUGGGAUCGGACUCAGAGCUCAACGGCAGCACCGCCUCCUCGCGGCGCACCGACAAGUACGGCUUCCUGGGAGGGACGCAGUUCUGCGGCGGGCAGGAGAGUGCGAUCCCAGUGGAUGUUGCCCGGCACCGUGAACUGAAGUGGUUGGAGAUGUUGAGCCGUUGGGACAAAUGGGUAGCUCGGCGCUUUGACAAG